GGGUGCGGAAACCUGUAGGGACGUGGUGGUGUCAGAAGCCAAAUGCAAAGUCGCGCCCUCAAUAGCGCCAUUCAGAGAACGCACACACAAAAAAGUGAUGAAGCAUCUCUAUUAAAUAUGGGUCAGCAUCUCCCAGUUGCAGUGAGCUGACUCCUCCUAUUCAUUCCGGCACCCAGCACUGCAUGUCGAUUCUUUGAGCCCAAUAUUUUUAUCCUCUCAACACGCAAUCGGCUUUGGGCCCACAAAAGGAGGUUUAGGUGGGGGCUUGGACAUCUCUAAUCUCAGAAUUUGUCCUUAGGAGGCUUAGGAUCAGUACUGAUCGUUCAAGGAGACCAAAAGUGGCUUUGGCGAGAGGGUUCUUUGCAAGGUGGGGGAGAAGUGGCGGGACGGUACUCUAUAAGAGGAAUCAGAGGGUGGGGGGCGUCCCAUGAGUAAGAUGUCAGGAGAGGAGGAGUUUUAUCUGUUCAAGAACAUUUCCUUGGUGGGGCCAUGGGAUGGGCCUCAGUACCACAUUGCCCCUGUCUGGGCCUUCCACCUCCAGGCGGUCUUCAUGGGCUUUGUCUUCUUCGUAGGAACACCACUCAAUGCCACGGUGCUGGUGGCCACCCUCCGCUACAGAAAGUUGCGGCAGCCACUCAACUAUAUUCUGGUCAAUGUGUCCCUGGGGGGCUUCCUCUACUGCGUCUCCUCUGUCUCCAUCGUCUUCAUCACCAGCUGUCACGCGUACUUCAUCUUUGGCCGCCAUGUUUGUGCUUGGGAGGCCUUCAUGGGCUGUACGGCAGGUCUGGUGACAGGCUGGUCACUGGCCUUCCUGGCCUUUGAGCGCUACCUGGUCAUCUGUAAGCCCUUCGGCAACUUCCGCUUCAGCUCCAAGCACGCACUGAUGGUGGUCCUGGCUACCUGGACCAUUGGUAUUGGCGUCUCCAUCCCACCCUUCUUUGGCUGGAGCCGGUUCAUCCCCGAGGGCCUGCAGUGUUCCUGUGGCCCUGACUGGUACACCGUGGGCACCAAAUACCGCAGCGAGUACUAUACCUGGUUCCUCUUCAUCUUCUGCUUCAUCGUGCCUCUCUCCCUCAUCUGCUUCUCCUACAUGCAGCUGCUGGGAGCCCUCAGAGUCGUCGCAGCCCAGCAACAGGAGUCAGCCUCAACCCAGAAGGCAGAGCGGGAGGUGAGCCGCAUGGUGGUGGUGAUGGUGGGAUCCUUUUGCGUCUGUUACACACCCUACGCUGCGAUGGCCAUGUACAUGGUCAACAACCGUAACCAUGGGCUGGACUUACGGCUUGUCACCAUUCCUGCCUUCUUCUCCAAGAGUGCUUGUGUAUACAACCCCAUCAUCUACUGCUUCAUGAAUAAGCAGUUCCGAGCUUGCAUCAUGGAGAUGGUGUGUGGGAAGUCCAUGACAGAUGAUUCUGAAGUGUCCAGCUCCCAGAAAACUGAAGUUUCUGCUCUCUCUUCCAGCCAGGUUGGCCCAAACUAAGGAGCCAUAUUGGCUUAUUUGCAGCAACUAGGAUUUCACAUUUAGGGAAUUCCUUUUUUCUCUCAAAAACCAAGCUACUAACAAAUGCAGAAGAUGGGAAGGGGAAUAUGGCAAAUUUGGGGCAUCAACUGCCCAUUUUCCUACCAUUCCUUUCCUGCCUACAAAGCUGCUGUUCCAGCUGGGUCUACUAUAGACCAUUCCAAAGGCCAUGUCAACAAUCCUCCAAUUCUAAGUGGCACCACUGACAGCACCUGAGAGCUGAUUUCUACAUAUGGGGCAACUAUAAAGGAGUAUGGCUGAUUUUUCAGUGUAUGGGUAACAAUUAUCUUCCUUUUCAAAAACUCCCCCCCCCCCCCUUACUGGGGCUCUAAGAUGAUACAAUCUGAAUUAGAACAAACAUAAACAUCUUAGAAAUGGGAGAGAUAGAAAGAAAGAACAAACUAAACCUCAAGUAGGCCCAAAAUAGGGAUUUGAAAGAACUUCUUUAUGCCAUUACCGCCAAUCAUCACUAUAGCUCUGGCAGGGACAGCUGUGUCCAGAAGCUCCUGAGCCAGCAUGAAUUAUUCCAGGUGCUCCCCACCCAAUUUGGCUAAACCUAUAUAUCUGUCUUAAGCUGUGUAUUAAUAGUUAAUUCUCUUCAUGUUCUCAGAAUGAACUUACACACCUUUAUACAGUUUAUAAUGUUCAAAAAGUGUUGAAAACACUGUUUUACCUUGUACUUCAUGCUCCCCCUGUAAAAGCCUUUUUGAAAUAAAAAUCAAGAUAAAUGUCGUGUGUACAUUCAGGAAUGCCUUGUGUUUGGUAUCAGAUAAUUAUGUAAGGAGCAGCUGGGCUCUUCUCCAGUUAUACAGCCUAAGGAAAGCAGAGAAGGGGUACAGCUGUAGUGAGAAGGAUGACAGAAGAUUUCAGAAUUAAGAAAGGAGUAAUUAAUCUGGGAGAAGGCAGAACUUAUCUGGGAUGGGAGGGAGUACAGUAAACCUCUAGGAGACCUCCUUUUCUUUGACAUUUUAUAGCACCUGUAAUUCUAAGCAAGAGUUCCACUUCUUAAAAGAAUAAAGGACAUAUGUACCCCACAACGAAUGUAAACAGUUUUAUUUAGAAACAGAUAGGUACCUGUUUGCAUUAGAGAAUAUAAAACUUGGUUUACACUCUAUAAAAAAUAACCAGUAUCCAAAUCCAAGAGAGCUAGCAUUCACAGAACACACAAUGUGGGUGUGUAGCCACUGUUCACCAGCCUCAGGCUUGACUUAAACCAAAAAGAUAAUCCAGGGGGAUCAUUAGAGAUUAGAGUAUAACACUUGCUGCUGAGCACCCAGCAUCCAGAAGUUGCCAUUUUAGCGUAUGAAGGUUUGCUUUCUAAGUGAGUAACUUUAACAUAAGGCCUGGGUUCUCUGUACCUAGUGAGCUGUGAGGCUGUCUUGCCACACAACUCAUGUGCUCUCUUUAAUCCCAGUUGACAUUAUUAUCUCUGAUCUUAACAGUAAAAAUGGGGAAUCUGGAGAGCAGAGAUUUCCACUCCCCUAUGCUGGGGUUAAACUUUAAAAGAGUUUAUCUACUCUCAAGAGCUCAAUGCAAAGGCCAGGAUGAAGUUACAUGAUAAUCCGGCAUUUUACCAGGCCAAGUAGUCCACCUCAACAUGAUCAUGGAAGACCAAAGGAUACACCUAGGUUCAGAUUAUAAUAAUCACCCAGCACCACCUGAAUGUAUUAUCCAUAAAGAUAUAUGAAAUAAUAAAGGUUAGAUAUACAUACAUUUAUCUUAAUAACCUGAGGGCUAAAAAAGUUUGGAAUACAAUUCUUCUUCUCAAAAGAGGUCCAUCUGUAAGAAAGGGACCAAAAAAGACAGAGUUCGUGUUACAUAAAAUAUGGGCAAAGUGUGUUGGGAACAGAAGGUGGCUUCUUCAGCUCUUUCUACAACGUCCCUCUUUGACAAGGAUUGGCAAUCUGCUGAUCCAUGAUAAACUUUUUGGGGGCAGUGGGGAGAAGGGGAAAUGGGGGCAAAGGGAGUGUUGGGUCAAAGGCAAGAAGGUUGAGCAAUGGUCCUCAAACCAAAGAGUCCUCUAUGUAGGCCCUCUCAUCUUUGAGUCUGAGUUCAAGCUCUUCAGCUGACACCGAAAUAGGCCUGGUAGUAAGUGGUUAGCAUUCUGAGGUAUGAGGAUCCCUGGUAAAUUCAGCAGCAUGUGGUUUUUGGAAACCAGCCCACAAGAUAAGAACACUGCAACCAAGCUCCUAACUAAUACUGCUAUUUAACCACUGUCUGAAAGAGAAAGGAAAGA